AUGUCAAUUACAGCACAGCACACAGCUCCGGUGACUGCAGCUGAGAGGAACCACAUUGCCAUGCUACUAAUACAGCAGUAUCCAUGCUUAAGUGGGUCAUUUGGAUCAGGUCAUGUAAGUGCAUAUUAAAUUCAGAGUUUAUGAUUUUUUUAACUUAAUAAAAUAAUUCAAAGCAAAGUUUUCGUGACGUCACAACCAGGGUUAAGCCUUGUUAAAAUAAUCAUGUGGGUGAUUUCAAUAUACGUUGAAAGGCAGUUUGAUUUGUUUUGUUUGCAAAAGUAAUGGACUUUAGCGGUGACUACGAGUACGAAUACACUAGUACAAGAUUUGUCAUUCUUCCGUGUUGUUUGUUUACGGAGUUACGCCAACUUGCAUGCGCUGAAAGUCGUAGUCAAACCCUCGACGCGAAUACGAGUUUGACGAUAUAGCUAUAAGCAAACAACAGAAUCACACGCAGAGAAAAUCACAAAUCGCGUUCUCGUGGUACUCAUGUAAAAUUUUUAGCGCCUAGUUGUCAUGCACAUCACGCAUACAUGAAAUUUACAUUUCCCAAGAUGGUGGACUGCAUUCUGUUUUGGCAUAAUUCUUUUAAAAAGUGGAACCGGCUUUGCAUAGACAUUGACAACUGAACUUGCUCGUUUAUGGUUCAUACAGGUCAUCAGUUCCGUAAUACUAUCACAUCAAUGUGUCUUGUCAAUUUAUAUUUUAGCAAUUCUGGGCAAAAAAAUUAAAGAUCGGCUGUUAAAUGUGGGACGGAAAAGUGCAAGGGAUGUGAGUAAUUUUUAAGAUUGCGUUAUCAUUUGUAUUUGAUAAUUAAUUAUUUUAUACUAUCGUAUAUUUUAUGAAAUUAUAUAUUAGCAUGAGAUCCUACCCAACUGAUUUAGAGCUAUUCCUGUAUUCUACUCUUUUCUGAUUCCUUCUGUCUCGAGGGAUUUUGUCUUUUUCUUUGUGUUCGCAUGACAUACCGCAUACUCAAGCAAGAAGAACAUACCAACAGAACAUUUUUUAUUUUUUUCUUAUCCAGUUUUUGACUCAUUUUUCUAUCACAGAAUAAAAAGAACGUGGAAGCUGCUGGUUUAGUAUACGAGAAAAAAAAGGCAGGUCGGAAAAGGAAAAUUCUUGAAUCAUCGGAAAUCAUUCCACCUAUUCCAGAAGGUGAAUCAGAGCAUACCAUGAAUGAGCAACAUGCUCAGUUAAUGGCCUUUUGUAAGAGUAACAAGCAGGACGUGAUGCUUGUUCGACAAUUAAUGGACGGGACCUUUCCAAAGAGAAGGAAAACUAUUAUCGAAGAAAACGAGAGGGUUUGGAAAAUCCUCAAAGAUUAUCCACCAUUCGCUAAGGGGAAAGGAAUUGAGGUAGUUUAAUCAUUGCAUAUUAGCGUUUAAUGCGGUAAGAAUAUGCAUUCCAGUGGCAAUAUGGAUUCUACUAUAGGCCAUAGUGGACAAUAGCUAUAUAAAACACGGAGUUGGCCAGCACAUAAUUGCUGGAGCCAUAGGGAAAACUGGUCGGUAUACCUGUCCCCUGCAUGUGAGUAAACUGUUUGUCUACGUAUACGUCAUUUUUAAAUUGAAUUGGUUUUCCGUGAAACGAAAGUAUUCGAAAACAUCGAUUGACUCUGUAGGUUCGGAAAAUCUAUUUUUCUAAAUUUUCUCGCUCGGCGCCAACCAUGGUGGCCCCUCGCUAGAGUAUAGCGUCCUUUAUCCCCAGCUCAGAUAUCGCCUAUACCGAACAGGGAACAUUAGAAGCUGGGGGCGCCAGUAUCGAAACAACUCUUAGGGGAGACAAAUUUAAAACCGCCCCCUUGAAAUUUUGGAGCAACACAUCACUGGCUAUUAUAUCGUUAUAGUUCUAUGGAGUAUAAGAAUAUGAAUUUCUUCCUUAAGAUAAAAGCUGAGUUGGGAAGAAUCCUUCAGCGUGAGCGCGUAUCACAAGAAAUGAAAGAAGCUUUUGAAAUGAUUCGACCUCGAUUGUUGGCUACGUUAAAACGUAACAGUAAGAAAGAGAUACAAUCUCUUUUCCUCGAAUUAGAUGAAUGUGAUGCAACGCAAAUAACAGGUACAGUGAUAUAAAAUACUAUACAGCUUUGAUUUUUUUGUUCAUUCUACACAUCGUGGUGCAAAGAUAUACAUGUACAGGUGAAUACUGUAUGUAUAAUUAUGUUGUUGACCCACACCUUACAUCUUACAAAUCUUUCAGAAAAGUUUCAAUUAUAUCCGACCAAAUGUCUUGGUCUUGUUUUGAUCGUCAAUUUUCCGUGGGAAAAUCCGCAAGUACUUGCCAUGCACUUUCCCUAAGUAGUCCCUCGGUCAUUUCAUUUAUUUUUAAAUUAAACUCGUGAAAUCUCAUUUUAGAACUGGAAAAUCGUUGUCUGAUUGCCGCACUGCCAUUCGUGUUAGGCGAGAAAAAGAACGCAUCAACAUCCGUAGGUGAUCUUUUUUGGAAAAUUGUGGAUGUAAGUAAUUUUUAUUGUUUAAUUGAUAAUGUAUUAAUUUAAGCUCCGUUUACCAUAUGGAGCACUGACCAAUGACCGUGCUCUUCGUUAAUGUGGCCAAUGACGCUGCCCAAAAAAGGUACUGUGUGCACGUGUGCAGGAUAGGAUCUGACGCGAUUGCGCAACUCGUCUCGUGCAUUUUUUAUUAAUACUUCUUGAACCGUGUAAUCUCCUAUACUAAUCGAUUUUUAGACAGAAGAAGGCGAAACCAACAUGAUGAAAGAGAUUGAAAAAAGUUCCACACCAAGAUUGGUUUCGUCUGGAACAGCGUUAAAUGUUGAAGCGUUAUGUCUGGCUGCCGAAGGCAUGGUGGUGUGCAAAUUUGGGCCAACCAACGCAAUAUUGAAUGCUGUGGUAACAUUACUUGCCAGUUACUACGAUUUCAAUGCGAGCUACCCAAGUGGGUUGUAUAAAAACGUCUACAUAUUCUUAGAGCAUGUGCUUUUGAGUAAACCACCUAGUUCAAUGCCCAUUGCGGUGGACAAUUUUCUUUCAGAGAUAAAUCAGUGA